GUAUAAAAUGAGAUACUACCUGUAAAUUUGUUAGGGUUUGUUAGCCACAGUUUUAAUAGAGUCGAGAACAAACACCCGCCGCACCGACAAGCUGCAGUGAACUGAGACAAACAUGGCCACGCAGAUGAGCAAAAAGCGAAAGUUUGUUGCGGAUGGCGUGUUCUUUGCCGAACUAAACGAGGUUCUUACUCGCGAGCUGGCGGAGGAUGGCUACUCCGGUGUGGAGGUUCGAGUCACGCCGAUGCGCACCGAAAUCAUCAUCCGAGCUACACGCACACAGAACGUUCUCGGAGAGAAGGGUAGGAGAAUUAGGGAGCUGACAUCAGUCGUUCAAAAGCGUUUCAAGUUCCCAGAGAACAGUGUGGAGCUUUAUGCUGAGAAGGUCAACAAUAGGGGUCUCUGUGCCAUUGCUCAGGCCGAGUCACUGCGGUACAAGCUUCUUGGAGGCCUUGCUGUUCGGAGGGCUUGCUAUGGUGUCCUGAGGUUUGUUAUGGAGAAUGGUGCCAAGGGAUGUGAGGUGAUUGUAAGUGGAAAGCUCCGUGCUCAGCGUGCCAAGUCCAUGAAAUUCAAGGAUGGAUACAUGAUUUCCUCUGGGCAACCCGUCAAGGAGUACAUUGACGCUGCUGUGCGACAUGUUCUACUUAGACAGGGUGUACUUGGUAUCAAGGUUAAGAUCAUGCUCGACUGGGAUCCAAAGGGCAAGGUUGGGCCAAUGACACCUUUGCCGGACGUUGUCACCAUCCAUCCGCCGAAGGAAGAGGAGUAUAUUCCUCAAAUUCCUCAAACUGUUGCACCUGCCAUCGAAGUAGCAUGAACAUGAGAGUAUUUUCACCAGAAUAGUACUAUGUCAUAUCUAUGUUUCUGAACUGGUAGAAAUUCCUUCUAAAAAGUUACAAUCCCUUUUUGAUCUAAGUAAUACUUGUUUUUAUUCCCUUUGUAAUGUUUAUGAUGACAUUGAUGAGACAGAUCAGCAAAAAUAUUUUUCCACACCAAGAUUCAUUGGUUGGAUUUUAUUCUC